CAAAAAGUAUGCAGAGGUUUUCAUCGAGUCGAAGAAACUGGUUGACAUUCAGAGGAGGAAGAAGAACGGGAUGUCAAAGUCUCUUGAUGACCAAAACAUUCCCGGAAGGAUAAACAAACCCAAAAUACCGGUUAUUAAGGUGAAGAAAUGAGCGUCCCGAAUGCACCGAUAAGUACCAUAGAGGGGCUUUCGCAUGCCCUGAAAUGCAACAUUAUCCCGAAUCAGGAGUACCUCCUUCAGGGUUCCAUCCUGGACAGUCAGGUGGAACACCUUCUUCACAGACUCAAAGGAUUAUGUGACAAUGUGGAUUCCGGUCCGGAACCCUUUCACGACCAUGAAAUCUGCUUUAGUUUGCGCGGGCAGAAUCAGCAGCUUCAGCUGAGAGUGAGGAAGGCCCAGGAUGUCGAUGCCCCAUUUCAACUCAGAUACAUUGGUCAGCCCGAAGUGGGCGAUCGAUCCCGACCUACCCUGAUCAGGUCCAGCAUUGAUAUUUCCUGCACGGCGUCUGUGCUGGAAUUUCUCACUGAACUGGGCUGCCGGAUUGAUUUUGAGUACGCCAAUCGGGGAUACAUGUUUCGCAAGGGAAGGAUGAAAAUCACAGUUUCAAAGAUCUUCAAAGUUGGUGGACUUCAGCCCACGGAUCCUAUCUCUCAGAGCUACCUUGUGGAACUUUCGAUUCUUGCACCGAGUGGACAGGAUGUAAUUGGGGAGGAAAUGAGGAUUCUGGCUGAACAGCUCAAGCCUCUGGUGCAACUAGAGAAGAUUGACUACAAAAGGGCCCUCUAACCUGAUAGUUUUCUAUCUAAUUUAAGGAUUAGAAUUAAAUUUGAUCCGAAA